AUGUUAAAUCUUGAUAACAUAGAUUUAGUGAACAACACUUCUAAUCAAAUGAAGGUGUUUUGCUAUUCUUUCUUUAUUCGGACUUCAAUAUUUGCAAUAAUUAAUUAGAAAGUCCAUUUAAAGAAACACCCCAAGAAAGUUUAAGAUGAUAUCAAAAACAGAAUUGUAUCAAUCAUUCACGGUUCCUUAACAUUUUGGGCUGCUGCAUAUAUAAUGUUGGUUGAAUAACCAGGAUUCGGUGCGAUUAAUUCUCAGGCCAUGCAAUUUACAAUGAUAAUUAGUGCUUCAUACUUUGUCUACGAUUUCCUUGCCUGUCUCUACUAUGAUCUUGCAGACAUGUCACUGGUUUCUCAUCAUUCUUUAGCCAUUUGUGGAUAUGCUGUGGCUACCUUCUCAAAGUUCGGAGCUCCAUCUUCAAUUUAUUUCUUAUGGGGGUUGAUGUCAGCUGAAGUAUCUAACUUUCCUAUGCAUAUGAGAGUGAUCUUCAGACAAGUAGGUUUACGACAUACCAAAUUAUAUGAAGCAUGUGAAUGGGCUUAUUUUGCAUUGUAUAUCAUAUUCAGAGGAUCCUUAGUUCCUUAUAUGGUUUGGAAUACUUGGCCAGAAAGCGAAGUUCCUUUGUUGGUUAAGAUAACAGCCACUGGUUUAUUCUUAUAAUCAGUAUACUUCAUCUUUGAGAUGAAAAAGAUUCUUAUUAGUUAAUAUUUCUAGUAUUAAGAAAGAAAGAAAAAAAAUAUCCAUCAUUUUUGGUUUAGUGUCAACUAAAGAGUUUAUGAAUUAUCAUAUAUUAACAACUAAAAAAAAGAUAAGGUAUUUUGA